GAGAGUUAUGUCGCCCUUAUCGGAUCGUACUCUUUCCUCUAUGCUAGGAAUCGCGAGUGAACGAUGAUUAAAGCCAUCUUCUACAGCCGAUUCGACACUCAGUCAGGCAAGCAACGGCCAAAGGUCGUCCAUCAAGUCCCCGAUGGAGCUAUCGUGCCCUCUCCCUCAGCCCCGCCCGGCACUUCCCCCCUCUUCAGCUUUUCUGACGUCUCUUUCUUCGUCAUUCCACGACAGGAACUAUGCGGGAAUCUCAUUCAUGUCUGCACCGGUGGUCACCGAAUCCUCGGAUCCCCCGUCUGCAUGAAAUCACCACGAUAUGACCGGAACGAAUUCAUCUUCAAUUUCUGUAUUGUGCUCAACGAAGAGGACGAGUGGGGGACGUAUAAGACCGUGGUGCAGAAGCUGGCACAUCUACUGUGCGGGCUUGAAGAGCAGUCGGGAUUCUUGUCUAAGGAUACCUCUAAGGACGGCGAGGGAAAGAUUUAUAGUCUGUGUGAGACUCUGAUGGAGGAUCUGAAUAACUAUUAUGAGUGCAUGAUUCCAAUUGAUGAAUUGAACACUUUAAAUGUCAAGCUCUUUCCGCUGUAUCCCUCUCCGCCCAUCGUUAAGGCAUGGCAUGUUCCUCUAUUUACUGUUCGAUGCGAAACGUUUAUGGAUGAAAACUGGGACUUGACUAUGAGGAGGAUUGUUCCUUAUAUAAAUGGGAUCAAUAGUGUGCGAAAAAUCUCCAUCUUGUCGGAUGCAGACUUCACCCUCACCUGUCGCGCGAUACGCCAUCUGAUAUACUAUGGAUGUGCCUUUCUUUUGGAUAUAUUUUCCUUCUCGGCCAUUUAUGCCCCCACUGCAGAGUUCAGCUCCACGAUUGUCCCGGACAAACAGAUGCAAUGUGAAUGUGCACGCGGUAUACCUUCUUCUUCGGCAAAAUCAAUGUUUACUGUCGCUGCCUCUUCAUCUACUUCCCAUCAGAAGGGCUCCGUGCCUCGUUCGAGCCAUGGAAUAUCCGUAUCAAGCGAUGACCCAUGGGUAGAACAUGACAGUAUCUGGCCAAAGAUUGAUACCUCCAUUCCCUCAACGUCAGGUGAGGGCUCGAGCAAAUUCAACUCAAAAACAAUUGUUGAUGGAGUCGGCCUCGUUGAAUUAUACUCGAGCUUAAAACAAGGCCAGACAGUUAAACAGUGGUACCUUAAACAUAUGCGUGAACUCGCAAACAUAGAUGUACGCCGUUUUAUUACAUUUGGUGUUAUCAAGGGCUUCCUAUACCGGGUACAUAAGUAUCCCUUCGCAACAGGCCGGAUUCUACAACACCAUCACCAGCGAAGACAAUCAAACCACCAGCUCCCUUCAAGUUCUCCAAUGGCUGGAUAUUCCUUGGGGGCAGCAACUGAAAAAGACGUGGGCAUCACGUCUUCUCAUCCAUUCUCCCGUGGCCGUCUAGGAUCUACCGCAAGUGGGAUAGAUCCGCUAUCAACCAACAAACCCUUGUCAAAAACUGCAUCUACGCACUCACCUCGAGACCGGACACGUAACCGCCGCUCUCUGCAUCGUUAUGAAGAUGACGGGCCUGACGGUGAUGAGGAUGGGUUUGGGGAUGAUGAUUCGGACGGAGAUGGAUAUGGUGAGGGAGGUGAUUAUGGUAUUGAUAAUAAAACCCUAGCCAAGUAUCUGGAUGGAACGCACUGUUUUGAUGAGAUAUGUGUGGAGCUGGAGGUUACUGAUAAAGAGCUUACAGCAAGACUGAAAAGGUAUCCGCGAGAGGUAGUUAUCAUCCACUCGUAA